CAGAGCCAGGUUGCGUUCUUCCCACCCCCUGGCUUUCCUUUCCCCUACCCCUCCUCCUUUUCUUCCUCUUCUUCUUCACCAUCAUCAUCCUGCCAGCUCCUACGAGCAGUUCCAGUCCGCCUAAUGAAUUAUACAUCGAGCCCUACCUAUGUGAGGCUCUCCUGGUAAGGAUUAUUUUCCGCGCACCUUCGUCUAGGUGGGACGCGCAAUCGGCGCACAAAGAGAGGCUUUCUCUAUCCAGAGGGCGCCUGGAGACGGCGAGCGUCUGGAGGCGGGAAUAGCCGGGGACGCUCUGAAGGCUGAGAUCUGUCGAGGGGACAGAGGGCUCUUUUUCUCCCGCUGCGUCGCUUCUGCAAAGGCUGCCUGUCCUAGGGCCGAUCCUCGCUCAUGGCUCACGGGAAAGCAAAGGAAGGGAAUGGCAACUGGAAGAAAUUUAUCUGGAACUCGGAGAAGAAGGAAUUUCUAGGGAGGACCGGAGGCAGCUGGUUUAAGAUCCUCCUCUUCUAUGUGAUCUUCUACGGCUGCCUGGCAGGUAUCUUCAUUGGGACCAUUCAAGUCAUGCUGCUCACAGUCAGUGAAUUCGAGCCCAAGUAUCAGGACCGAGUAGCACCUCCAGGACUGACAAAUGUUCCUCAGGUACUUAAAAUGGAAAUUUCCUUUGAUCCUACUAACCCCACAACAUAUGAUAAAUAUGUGAAGCUCAUGGAGUCCUUCCUGAAGCGUUAUGAUAUGGAAAAUCAGAAAGAAACAGAUACGGAUUUUGAUUCUUGUCCAACUGUCCCAAGUGGAUAUAUAGAGAGAGGUAAAUUUGAUGAGAGUGCAGGCACAAAGAAAUCAUGCAGGUUCAAUCGUGCCUGGUUGGAGAACUGCUCUGGAUUAAAUGAUACUACUUUUGGUUACAAAGAUGGCAAGCCUUGUGUUAUCAUCAAGCUCAACAGAGUUCUCGGAUUCAGACCCAAGCCGCCACAAAAUAGUUCCCUCCCCGAUGAACUGAAAGGAAGAAACCAUUCUCAUCUCAUUCCUGUCCACUGUGCUGCGAAGAAAAAGGAAGAUGUUGACAAAAUUGGCAUUGUGGAAUACUAUGGUAUGGGAGGCUAUGCUGGCUUUCCUCUGCAAUACUACCCGUAUUAUGGCAAGACCCUUCACCCAAAGUACCUCCAGCCCCUUAUGGCAGUGCAGUUCAUGAACCUAACCGAGGACAUGGAGGUGCGUAUCGAAUGCAAGGCCUACGGGGAGAACAUCUACUACAGUGACAAAGACCGCUUCCAGGGACGUUUUGAUAUGAAAUUUGAGAUAAAAAGAAGCUGAUCACAAGAAUAGCUUUCUUUCUCUUUUUUCCUCUUAGCCAUUUAAAAGUUAAAAAAAAGACAAAACCUACUAGUCUUGAACAAAACUGUCAUACGUAUGGGACCUACACGUAAUCUAUAUGCUUUACACUAGCUUUCUGCAUUUAACUAGGUUAGAAUGUAAACUUACAAGUGUAGCAAUAGCAACAAAGAUAUUUAUUCUACUGUAAAUGACAAAAACAAAAUUGAGCCUUGGGACAUGCCCAUUUCUACUGUAAAUUAUGAUUCCAUAACCGACUUGUAGUAAGCAGUGUUUCUGCCCCCUAAGUAUUGCUGCCUUGUGAAUUUUAUUUAGUGUACAGUCCUAUAGGUGCAUUACUCUGGUCAUUUUUCAAGCCAUGUAUUAUUGUACCUGUUUUCUACUUUCUGUGAGCGAAGAUUUGCUGUCCAAGGUGUAAAUACUAAGUGGGACUAAAACUGGCAUGGUUCUUUUUAAUUAUGUUUUGUUCAUUUUUAAAAGACAAUGGCCCACCUGUGAGAUUAUUCAACAGCACUCCAAUAGAGCCUCCCCAUCCCUGGUAGUUUUAGGAUUUUAUUUAGUGUGGUGGUAAGAGAAAUUAAUUUGACUUUGAAGCAGACCUAAAGAGUAGGUGAUUGUGUACUGUGCUUUGUAGUGAAUGCUGUCUUUCUCUCUUUCCCCUCAUCCUCCAGUGUGUUGUGUGAGAGACCAGAGUCAGCCUAUCACUUUAGUCGGUGAUAGGAAUAAUUAUUUUGCUUUGUAUAUUUUCUUCAUUUCCUGCUAGAGGCAUCACAUGCUGUGGUGCUGUCUUUAUUGAAUGUUUUAACCAUUUUCAUGGUGGAAGAAUUUUAUAUUUAUGCAGUUGUACAAUUUUAUUUUUUCUGCAAGAAGAAAAUGUAAUGUAUAAAAAUAAACCAAAGCCACAUGUUUAAAAAUAAAUCUUUAUUUUGAACUUUAUGAAAAGCAAUGCAGUUAUCCCAUCAACUGGUGUUUAAAUGUUGUCUAAAGUGCAAAGAUCCAUGUUCUAACGUAUGUAAUAGCCAGGAGUACAGUGCUCUUGUUGAUCUUGUAUAUCAGUCAGGUUAAAACAUUGGACAAUAAAUGAAUAAACACAUCUUC